UCGCUCGGCGCUAGUUGGCAGCGAAUUACUCGAUCAGCCCUUUUCUGAAGCCGUUAUUCGGUGCCGUGCUUCGUGGAGCUUCUUAGAUUCGAGGUCUUCUCUGUCACUCUUUUAAAAAUGUCUAACAGCCAAAAGAGCAAAGGAAGUUGGAUGCUGAUAGCAGUUUGUUACUGCUUAGUAGUCCAAAUAUGCGCUCAACAAUUUUAUCCGAACGGUCGAUACGGACGAAGAGAUAGUACACCUCCAUUGCCAAGUGGAUCACGAGAAAUGAGCGUAAGCUUUUUCGGUGACGGAACUGUCAGUUGUGUUUACACAGGAUACCAAGAACUGUAUAGAUGCUCCAGGAGAGAAGAAUCGACUCAUGUCCGAAGUAUUGAAUAGGAAAAAAAAUAAAUCAAAAUCUUCUGUGUUUGGCUUUCUGAUUCUAUUAUUUCGAAAUUGUUAAAUAAUUGUGAUUUAAUAUUAGUAUGAUAUUAGUUAUGUUUUAAUGAUUAGAUUAUUUAUGUAAAUUCGUAUAUAAUAAAUAAAAUUUCACGU